AUGGUCGAAUGUCCGAUCUGCGCCAAACCGAUAGCUUCAGGAGAUAUCAAUCGGCAUUUGGAUCAUGACCAUUUCGAGCUACGAUCUAGCAACCACUCGGAACCCAAACCUCAGCCGACGGUCACCGGCGCUCAAUCUACUCUAAACUUCCAACGAACAGUGGCCGGUACUCAGAGAACUGACGCGCAAAAUAAAACGACUGGAGGAGCACCAAAAGCCCAUAAACGUCCACAUGCAACAAACAAUCUGACCUCUCUGCAUAAUGAGCAUCUCUCUCAAAGUCAAUCUUCUUCUUCUCCGUCUUCUUCUGCCCCGACGUCAUCGGUAUUAUCACCAUCCGAUCACCGGAAAAAAUCUCGCCUCAAUCCUCCGUCUGAUUCUUUCGUCAAAUCUUCUCUUCCUACCCCUUCUGAUUCGGAUCCCUCAAAUUCAAAUAAACCAUUAGCUGAACGAGUCAGACCGAAAACAAUCAAUGAAUUUCAAGGACAAGGACAUUUAAAAUCAGCAUUACAAAUGAUAAUGACCAGUAAAAAUUCGAUCAUCUUGUGGGGACCAUCCGGCUCAGGAAAAACGACCCUAGCGAGAUGCUUGAAGGACGAAUUGAAUAGACGAGAAGAGGAAGCAGAAAGUAGCAGUCAAAAGAAUAAGAAGAAGAAGUACGAGUUCUUUGAACUCUCGGCUACCGACUUCUCGACCUCUGAAUGGAAGAAAAUCAUAGACCAGAAUCAUCUCUCUUCUGCUUCUUCUAACACUUCUAACACUUCUGGAAACGGAUCCAAUCAGAAAAUCUCUAGCUUUUAUAAGAGUUUAAAUUCUGCUGUCACUUCGAUUCCUAUUAUCUUUAUUGAUGAAGUUCAACGAUUGAAUAAAUCUCAACAAGAUCUGUUUUUACCAUAUAUAGAAAACGGAAGAAUAAUCAUGAUUUUUGCGACGACCGAGAACCCGUCGUUCAGAUUAACGACGCCUCUCCAGUCGCGCUGCAGAUUACUAAAACUAAACCGACACGACCCAGAAGAUCUGAAACGGAUCCUAGAACGAGCAUUAGAGAUUGAAAAGAAAUCAUCACUUGAUGAUGUUGCGAAUAAAGUUGAUUCACAGAUGAUUGAUCUCUUGGCUAAUGUGGCUGAUGGGGACGCUAGAGUCGCGUUGUCUAACCUCGAACUUAUCCUGCUUGCGCUUAAACAAAAACCUGAUUUGGGUCAUCAGGAACUUAAAGAAAUCAUCGGGAAUAAAUUCCUCCUUUAUGAUCGGAAUGGUGACAAUCAUUACGAAUUGAUUUCUGCUCUUCAUAAAAGCGUCCGAGGAGGGGACGCUGAUGCGGCACUUUAUUGGCUAGCAAGAAUGUUAGAAGGCGGAGAAGAUCCUCUUUAUGUGGCCAGAAGAUUGAUACGAAUGGCGUCUGAAGACAUAGGAUUAUCGAAUCCGAUGGCCGUGACACAAGCCGUCAGUGCCUAUCAAGCCACCCAAUUAAUCGGUAUGCCUGAAUGUGAUUGCAUUUUGGCUCAAGUAGUCGUUAUGUUGGCCGAAUCACCAAAGAGCGUAAGGACUUAUAAGGGGUACAAGCGGGCCAAGGCUCUUGUCAACUCUCUUCCCUCUUAUCCUGUACCAAUUCAUCUACGGAAUGCACCGACUAAGAUGAUGAACGAACUCGGCUAUGGGGCCGAAUAUAAGUAUGAGCCAGAUUAUGCGCAUCCGAUUUACCAAGAAUUCGUGCCCCCUGAAGUGGUAGAUCGAGGAACAAGACAAGGAUCAUCAAAUGAUAUGGACACCAUUAGUUAUCCGUUUCUGGUCCCAAGAUCAAUCAGAAUCGACCAACACUCUUCUUCUUGUUCCGAUCAUCAGCGUACAAAAGAUGAUGAUGAUUACCAAAAUAAAACCGGCUCGAGUCAUCAAGAUUACAACAAGUCCAGUCUUCAAACCGUCACUUCUCAGCCUACUCAGUCGGUAACAAUCGAUGGUCAAUUGGUCGACUUGGAGUUGCUUCGGCAAUGGGAAGUCAAGGUCAAUAAUGGUCAACCAUGGAUUGGCAGGAAUCGUUUACAACAACAAUAAUCUUUGUGCCUCUUCUUUCUACAUGUUUCAAAAAAAAGAGGGGCUGUGUUCAUCUUUAGGUUGUGACCAGUUAAACACAGUAACACUUCUUUUCUUGAAGAAGGAGGUAUGUGAACCUCAUAUAGCAUGAUCGUAAUCCUUGUCUCUGUUUCUAAUUCUUUCAUUUGUGUGGGAUCAUGGUCCCUCGACUAUUGUAAAACCUGAUUAAGUGUUUAUCCCAGGCUUGUGUUUAGUUCGCCACCUGCUUUAAUCCUCCCAGCUCCUCCUCACCGGACGCUCUAAUCUCCAUCUACCGCUAUCCAUCCCUUCUGGGCGCGCU